UUGUUAUCUACCAAAGGCCAAUACCGUUUCACUCUCAGAUCUCUGUCUGUCUCUCUUCUGCGAAAUCUGUGAACGGUUCCAUUCCUCUGUCGAUCGGCGACUAGAAGCUCCGGCGUUGUUCUUUCGGGGUUAUCAUCCGAUCGGAAAUGGCGUUAGAGUGGGUGGUGCUCGGGUACGCCGCGGGAGCAGAGGCGAUCAUGCUCCUCCUCCUGACGAUCCCCGGCCUGGAGCCGAUCCGGAAGGGCCUAAUCAGCGUGACUCAUGGCCUCCUCAAGCCCUUUUUCUCCAUCGUCCCCUUUUGCCUCUUCCUGCUCAUGGACAUCUACUGGAAGUACGAGACUCGGCCGACCUGCGAGUCCGAUAGCUGCAGCCCCUCUGAGCACCUCCGCCACCAGAAGUCCAUCAUGAAGAGCCAGCGCAACGCCGUCCUCAUCGCCGCGGCUCUCAUCUUCUACUGGCUCCUCUACUCCGUCACCGCCCUCGUCGUCCGCCUCGACCAGUUGAACAAGCGCCUCGACAAGUUGAAGGCGCGCAGUGACUGAAUCGGUCGAUUUUCAACUUCUUUUUCGUUCCUCGCUUACAUCGAUCGAUUUUCAACUUAUCUUUCGUCGGUUUGGUUUUCCCCUAUUAUGUUGUGAUUAGUGCUGGUUUAAAUCUGAUUGGUGAAAUGGACACCUAAUUUUAGAUCGGUGUUUUGAUUCGCUCGGUGACAACUGAACUUGUAGGAUAGUUGGUCCUUGAUAAGAUAUUAAUAUAAUUUGAUUGGUACUUGUGGUUCA